ACGUCAGUAUGCAGAUCGGUCUGCGCGGAGCUGCAUGAAGUUGAACAGAAGUAAUAUCCGUUUCAAUAGAUGGCGCUAAUGCGCUGAAACAGUUCGUUGCCCUAAAAACACGGAAAAACAAGGCGGAGUUUCAGGAAGACUGCUAAAUAAAUCAAGCAUCUGUUUCAAUAUGGGGGUUCAUGGUCUUACAAGUUACGUGGAAGGAAAUCAUCAGUUCUUCACAGAUAUGAGGCUAAGAGAUUGCCGUCUUGUGAUUGAUGGAUGUAGCCUGUAUUUUCGAUUGUAUUUUAACUCUGGAUUGGAUCAAGCGAAGGGUGGAGACUACGACAUGUUUGCUAGGUUGGUUCAGCAGUUUUUUGCAACACUUGCAGAAUGCGGUGUGCAACCAUUCGUAGUGUUGGAUGGAGGAAUGGACCACAAGGACAAGAAGUUCAAGACCCUGCAGGAGAGAACUCUAAGCAAGAUCCGAGAAGCCCACUCUCUUUCCCGGGGAUCCAAUGGCUCUGUUCUUCCUCUGCUAUCACGUGUUGUGUUCAUACAAGUCCUUUCUCAACUUGGUGUGCCAUUGGUGCAGUGCAUUUGCGAGGCUGACCUCGAGAUAGCCUCUCUUGCCAAACAAUGGGGAUGCCCGGUUCUGAGCAACGACAGCGACUUCUACAUCUUUGACUUGCGUGGUGGCUACCUCCCAUUUGCAUUCUUUCAGUGGAACAAUGUUUGUGGUAAGGCCACCGAGCGCUACAUUCCUGCCAGGCAGUACACCGUGAACCGAUUCUGCACGCAUUUCAACCAUAUGAACAAGCAGCUUCUGCCUCUUUUUGCCAUGGUCACUGGGAACGACUACACACCUGCUAAAAUAACGGAGACGUUUUUCAGUCGCGUGGAACUUGAAAGGGUACCAGGCGGUCGAAAGUCUGGACGUAGUUCUCGACUCGAAGGUUUUUUACUCUGGCUGUCUCAAUUCACAAGCCCUGUAGCUGCAUUGGAGGAAGUACUGGAGAUCUUGGGUGGACAACGGAAAGCACACUUACGUACGCAGCUCUCGGAAGGAAUACAGGACUACCAGCUUUCCCGCACUAGCGGUUUGGCCAACUACUUCGCCUCACGUACCCAACCUGCACUGCCUGACACACAGGGCCUCCCGGCAGUACUGACGUCUCAACCUGAGUGGUUUUUAAGGGCAUAUGCAUCAGGCAAGCUGCCCUCUUUGGUCUUGGAUGUGCUCGUACUUCAGAAAGUCCUGCUGGUAGCGCAGGUAGAGAACAGUCAGCAGCCGAGCAGCCAUUUGACGUCUUUGAGUAUACGGAAAACCAUAUACGGCCUGCUGCUUGAAAACACGAGACCUGACAAUCAGAGGCAACAGACUGUCUCCCAGAGAGGAGGAGGAGGAGGAGGAGGAGGAAGGGGAGGAGGGGAUCCAAACAGGCAAUCUCGGGGUAAAGGAGCACAACAGCAUGACAUCCAAUGUGUUGAAGAGUUUGACAGACAAGACCUCAAUCUUAAGAAAAACAUAGUGGAGGCUCAACUACCCAGUGUGCCGCAGCUGAAUCUUCCAACUCUUGACAAGGUGCCUGUCCAGGUGAGACUUCAGGCAUUGUUGGGAACACUUGGUACAAUGGACCAUGUUUUGCAGCCAGUACCCCCUCACCUAUGCCUUCCAGUGUGUGUGAUGUUUUUCUGGAUGAACAACUCAAAACCGAAGCCAAGUUUCCCAUUGGUGCAGGCCAUGUUAUUGGGAUUGGUGUAUGGGGAACUCUGCUGGAGAAGUGUUCAUCCUGAUGACCCUAUGUACUGCAGCAAAACUGCUGCUUCUGUUUGUCAUCGAUUAUCUCAGCUGAGGGUUAGACCAGGAGAAAGGAGGGGCCUAGAUCUGGUUGUAGCCCAUUCACUCAGCCAAUGGCAAUCCUGUAUGAUGGCGGGGCUUUACCUGAACCAGUUAUUGUGUUUCCCACUACAUGAGCCUCAGUUAGCCUGGGUCUUUAGUGGUACUCUGGUGCAUGGCCUUCAGGCUGCAAUGAAAGGGGGUCAGCAGCCCGAAUCUCUACUUGCAGAGGACCAUUUUGCUUUACAGCUUUACUCCAUACUGCUGCAGGCAUUAAUGGGUCCUGCAGUUUCAGCAACAGCAAGCAGAAGUAGAGGAGGGGCACAAAGGCAAACACAGCAAAGAGGGAAAGAACAUGGAGGGAGGGGUUGGGCCAAUGAAGGAAGAGGAGGUGCCAGUGGAGGGAGAGGAGGUGCCGGUGGAGGGAGAGGGAGGGGCAAUGGGCAAAGAGGGAGGGGAAACAGAGGCAGAGGAGGGAAGUCUUCAGACAGUGGUUUUGAUAACAUGUUUACGCUGUUGACAUUUCAGGAUUGAAAGUGGAGAGGGAAAGAUCUAUAAGAGAAGCUGGUUUAGAAGGGAAGGUUUUAAAAAGAAGUCAGUAAGUGAUAAAAUUACACAGAAUUCUGUUUUAAACUACAUUUUUACUAAAGAUGCCUUUUACGUUCCAAAAGCACAAUGGGGAUUAAGAUAUCCAAUCAGUGGCGGACGGUGACUUCUCUUCCAAGCGGCGUGAAUUCAAAAUAUAUGUUUUGAAUGUCAUGUGUGUUGCUUGUCAUGUCUAAAUAUAAGUUUGUUGAGUCAUGUAAACCAUGUGCAUCACAUGUUUUGUCAAAAUAAAUGCCUGCUGCACACGCGUCAAAACAGUUUAUGACAAAAGAGAUGCUCACGUUCACAAAAUACUCGUAAGACACUCCUUUAACAGUUAACUCGGAUUACGCAUAAGAUUAAACGAGUAUCUGGCAAACAAGAUAAAACUCUUUUAUCAUAAACCCUUUAGACGCGCCUGCAGCAGGCACUUAUUUUGACAAGACACGUGAUGCACAUGGUUCACAUAACGGGAUAAAUACAUAUUGUGAUCAGCAUCGCAUCAUGUGCCCUCGAAAAAGUAGUCAUCAGCUGCCACUGUACCCAAUUGUUGUUUCUGGUGCCGCCACUGUACCCAAUUGUUGUUUCUGGUGUAAAUAACGUUUACACACUUUAACAAGCAACACAAUGUUUAAGUAUGACAGCUAUCGAUCAUUAUAAGCUUGCUUGCACUAGAAUACUUGCACUGCCUAUUUUGCGUCUCCAUUAUGAAAUUGAAUGUAGCCUUUUACACUAUUUAGUUGAAUGAAAUUAAGUAAGAAUAGAGGUUGGCUUUGUUUAUUGUGGAAUUACUUUUGGGACCAAAGUUUUAACAUGGACAAUUUUAUAAAUUAUUUAUGUAAUGUAUCAAUUUUGCUGCUUUCAAUAAGUGCUGAUUUGUAAUGAUGAUUUCAAUUAUACACACUUGCCAUCAAAGAUGUCAUCAAAUAUUUAAUUCAAGUAUAGAAAUAUAUUCAUGCUUUAUUUUUAACUUUUAUAUUGUUCCGUUUCAAGAGAUCAAAAUAAGCUUGUUUCAAUACCGUGUAUUUAUUGUUGCCAUUUUAAAAUGAUUGUGACUGAAUUAAAGAGACUGUAUGUUAAUGUUGGGCUAGUUGUCACAUGAUCACGUCUAAGACAUUAUAUCUUUACAACUGUAAUGUUGUCAGUCAAAAGUACUGUUCUUACCCUAUGUUGUAAAAAAAUAUUUUUAUGUGGCCAAGACUGUAAAACAUUUAAGUACAAAACGUGACAACUAGCCUCAUGGCAACCACCUAUAAAAUAUUCUCAUAUGUUUCCUGCAUUUAAAAUUGACCUGUUGCAUAAUAAAACUUUUUUCACAGUG